CUCACUCUCAGGCCGGGUAGAAGCCCAGCAACAACUCUGCGAUCGUUUCAACCUAUGAAGAUUGGCCUUUACAAUCGCCAUCCAUCCUUUGGUUCGAGUGUGUUUUGUGGAUAAACAUCUCCAUCUGUGAUUAGACGCUACAUUACGUCGUUGAAUCGAAUCUGAGGCACUGGGCAGAGGCGCAAAGAAAAAUUUCCAUACUAGAUGACAUUACAUCGCAAUGUCCGAUCGUUUGGGGCAAAUAACCAAGUCCAAGGAUGGGAAAAGCAAGUAUUCCUCUCUCAGCCUAUUUGACAAGUACAAGGGAAAAUCAAUAGAAACUCAGAAAAACACAGUUCCUCGACAUGGCUUACAGAGUCUUGGCAAAGUGGCUACAGCCCGGCGCAUGCCCCCACCCGCUCACCUGCCGAGCUUGAAGUCUGAAAACAAAGGAAACGACCCAAACGUGAUUAUCGUGCCCAAAGACGGUACAGGAUGGGCAAACAAGCCGGAACAACCCGAUCAAAAGAGUUCUGUUGCAUCAACACCACAGCUGCAGGAGUCGCAGCCACAGCUGGCUUUACAGAAAUCUGUCUCCAAUCUGCAGAAGCCCUCGCCAGUAGCCAGCCAGGAGAACACAAACACAAGUGGACCAAAGCAAUGGGCCCAGCUAAAUGGAAAAGCAGUAGAGCAAGAUGGUCUAAGGGUCUCAAACAGACUGCAGCCCUUCUCUCACGAGGAGUUCCCAACGCUAAAGGCAGCUGGAGAACAGGACAAAGCUGGAAAGGAAAGAAGCGCCUUCGAUCCGUCGUAUGGGCCCGGACCAAGCCUCCGCCCCCAAAAUGUUACGAGCUGGAGGGAAGGUGGAGGCAGGAACCUUCAGCCCUCAUCCCUCGGUCUGCUCGUAGAUCCUGAGGGUAAACCCACUGCCCCGGGUGAGACGGGAACCCCUCCGGCCACAUCUCAUCCCACCUCUGCCACCGCUAUCUCCUCCUCCACUGUUGUGUCAGCUCAGUCACCAGGGCUCGAUCCCAAGGAGCUUUCGCUGCGACCUGCCCAGCCUGUACGAAGAACAACCGUCCCGACUGCUCUGCAGUAUCAGCUUCAGCAUACUUCCACUGCUGUCUACCACGACAUGCUGCCUGCAUUUAUGUGUUCUAAAGAAUCCCGGGAAACCCCCGGGCCGGACCCUGCCCCAGCACCUGUAACAGCACCAGCUCGAUUCGAUAGCAAACCUGCAUUUAGACAAAGUUAUGCCAAACCUGAAUUGGUCAAUGGUGACGUGAGGAGAGAAAACAAAUUUGUCAGAGCUCCACCAAGACUCAUUUCCCAGCCGAUCCGCAGACCUGGUGACAGAACGCUGCGCCCUGCUAUCAUCAAUCCUGACGACCUGAAGGAUCUGGAUGAUCUCGACAAUGAUUGUGAUGACGGCUGGGCUGGUCUCCAUGAGGAAGUGGAUUACAGUGAGAAACUGAAGUUCAGUGAUGAUGAAGAAGAGCACUCUGCCAAUGAUAAAAGCAAGAUGUGGGGUGAGUGGGAGAGAGAAAGGGAGAACCAGCGUGAUUGCCAGUCUUCCCCAAGUUCUGGUGAAGGUCCUGAGGACGGUUACCCCUACCAACAACAACACCUUCAUCAGCAUGAACCUGCCAGGAAGACAAACGGCAGAGUCAGCGCCACAGAAACACUGAAAAACCACGGUGACCAAUUGACUGACAAGGAUGAUCACCAGCGUCAGACUCAGCCUCCGGCCAGGGCCAAGUACGUGUCUCCAGAGCUGUCUGAGGCAGUUGAGAGAGCCCGCAAGCGUCGCGAGGAAGAAGAGAGACGUGCGCGUGAGGAGCGACUAGCAGCCUGUGCUGAAAAACUCAAGAAGCUAGAUGAGAAAUUUGGCAAGACAGAAAGGCAGACGUCACGAUCUGAUGACGGGUCCAAAGAUGGGGAUGCCAAAGCGGUCCCUGUGUCUCCCAACAGAGAGCAGGGUAAAGCGCAUCAUGAAAACUGGCAAUAUAGCACAAAAGACGAUUGUCCUUCAGACAACUCCCCUUGCAACAGUUACCGUGAGGAAUCAGGCUUCCCUGCCUAUCGCAGCAGCGAAGACGAUGGCCCAGAAUCCUCUGCCUCUGGAGAUUAUGGUGGGCGUCACCCCUCCAACACCAUCCCACCACGCUUUCAGAAACAGCCGCAUCAACAGCAGGAACAAGUGUAUAAGAUGCAGAACUGGCAGUCAAGCCAUCAAGCUCCCUCUGUAUCAGGCCACUCACAAAGGGGAUACUAUCCCCCCCAUGUACUUGGUUUCGACCCCCGCUGGAUGAUGAUGCCACCAUUCAUGGAUCCUCGUGUGCCUCAAGGAAGAUCCGCAGCUGACUAUUAUUCUGGAAGUGUCCAUUCUUCAGGAAUGGGGAAACAAUUGCUGCACCAAGAUCACUUAAAUAGUCCCAAUUCUGAUGAGGGGAGUCAUCCCAAUAGCCACCAGGACAGGAAAACUCCUUCUUCUGAUUCCUAUCCCGUGUGGAGCCAAGAUGGCUACCCACUACGCAGCUUCACGCCACCAUACCAGAGGCAGCACGAGAGCUCGGAGAGCGGCCAGCCGGAUGACAGUGUUGAUCUGGCCUCCUCCCUGCAAGACACACAUGAAGCCAGUGAGGCUCAGCCUGGUCCUCAGGAAGAUGUCCCCCAACACUCCUAUCAAAGCCGAGAAAGAGAGCACCACGAUCAUGGAUUGCUGUCCAAUGCUCAGAGCCGCACGCAACUUCAUGGAGACGGUGAAUUCUCGAAGAGAGAUUCUUGGGACCGGCAUCUGAAAGAUGGUUCAGACUCUCAGGACGAGAACUUUAUCGCCUCCAGAGAUGGCUGGAGAAGAAGUGAUUGUCAGAAACAAGAUGGAGGUGUCAACAGUGCUUCUGGCCAGUGGUCUGAGCUCAGCUCAUGUUCAAGUGGCAGCAUUACUCAGCCGUCUGAGACAGGCGGACGCACCCUGGUCAGGAGAACUGGUCCAAUCAAGAAGCCAGUGCUCAAAGCUUUGAAAGUAGAAGAUAAAGAAAAUGAAAAGCCGAAACCGGAGCCUGAAGAGAAGCCUGUGCCGUACCGUCUGGAGAAGGAAGUCCUAACCAAUGUGUAUGACUUGAAGAAGGAUAACCAGCCUGUUAACAAUCGGUCCUCGCCUGUUGUAGAGAAACAACAUGAAGAGAGGCAACGUCAGUCUCCUGCUCCCAAAUCCGAGAGACCACUGAGCACUCACAAUGAGGAGAGUCCCAGAGAGAGUGUGUGGGAAAGUAGCAAAAACCAGCCUGGCAGAGAUUGCCAGGAUUCACAAGCACCCCGACGUAAUAACUGGAUCUUCAUAGAUGAAGAGCAAGCCUUUGGAGGAGUCAGGGGAUCUGGUCGAGGACGUGGCCGAGGGUUUAGGGAGUUCAAUCCUCGAGGUGGCAGCCGUGGUGGCAGAGGUGGAGACAGCUUGAGAGGAAGCUACAACAACAACAACAGCAGUGGUCAGAGAACGGGCAGAGGUCGAGCACAUACGGGAGAUCUUAAGGUGGACGAGUUUCUGAGGGGAAAACCCCGACGACGCAACGUUAGCGAGACUUUGAGUGAAGCGUCUGAAUAUGAAGAGCUGCCCAAGAGACGGCGGCAGAAAGGAUCAGAGAAUGGAGAAUCGUACCCAGAGACUGGUGAGGUUCGGAAAGCUGAUCGAGACUCAUGGAGGUCUUCUAAGAUGUAUGCUGAAGACCAGAACACUGAAAGAGAGAAGGCCAAGGUGGGCCGAGGUUUCGGAGGUCGAAUGCUGCCGCCUAGGCUCAACACCAGUGUUAACUACAAUCGAAACUUUGGCGGCCAAAGAGAAAUGUCUUCAUGGAGGGGGCGCGGACACCAAUUUAGUAACACAGGUUCCAUGCAAGAGAACGGCUACGGUACCGGAGCAGAGACGAGCUACAACCGCAGACCCCCAUCUGACCGAGACUCUCUCAAGUAUCAACCAAAGUUUUCUGGCACCUUUAUGGAAAACGGCUCCGAGGAGCGAGAAGGAGAAUACUUCUUCGACAAUGAAAACCCCGACAGGCAGAUGCUGAGAAGAAGACGACCUCCACGUCAGGACAAACCACCACGAUUCCGCCGUCUUCGACAGGAACGUGAACCUGGUUCAAACCAGUGGACCAGCGACGAGUACCUUAAUGGAGACUUCACCAACACCUGGUCAAGUCGCCCCAAGAGCACCGCAGAGGAGAACUGGCCGACUGGCCACUACACUGGAGUGCGUCCCAGCCAGCAAGCUCCUGCAGAAGACUGGGAGAGUGGAUCAGACAACAGUGACUUUGGCGACUGGAGGGAGAAACGGACGGGAGGGGGCUCUGCUUCUGCACAGGGACACGCCGAGGUUCCAACUGACUCCUGCCUCAGUGAAGCUGCUUCUGUGGACACAAGAGAACUGACCAAGAGAAGCUUCUCCAGCCAGAGACCACUGGUUGAAAGACAGAACCGGAAAGGGGAACCGUCACUGCUGGAAACAAGCAAGAUGGCACGAACGCCUGAAAAUCCCCCAAAUGCUGUGUCCAACAGGAGCGACGGUUGGCAAAAUGGAGGAACGUCUUGUAAGAGCAGAAGCCCAGACGAGUGCAGUCCAAUCUAUAACAUCGAGCAGUCGGAGGAGCGAGAGCCCAGCGAGUCCUCUGGGAAGAAAAUCGACAAAGAGCUGAAACCAGGAGCCGUCAAGACAGACCUGACUGAAUCUCUGCCCCAAUACGAGCUCAGCGGCUACCCAAUUGAUGAAAACACCGGAGGACCAAUUUCAAAUUCAGACAGCUACCAAGACGCGUUGUCCAAAAAGCAAAGACGGCCACAGGAGGAUGACCGGAGGAGGAAGGAGCAGUCAGCUCAGGUCUCGGUGAAAAGCAGAUCUCUCACCUCCAAGAUCCCACCACGCUUUGCCAAGAAGCAGGGGGCCAUGGUCAUGGAGCCGCCGGAAGAACCACUCACCUCGAACAACCUGGGAACAGAAAUCUGGGAAACCAAUAGCUCUGCUCUGUCAGUGCAGUCCUCAGGCGGAGACUCGUGGACCAAGCAGGUGUCUUACACUGGAAGUGAGCCCAACUCUGAGGAUUCAGAUGCCAGUCCAGAGCAGAGCAAGGAGCAGCACAAACCAGGUCCCAUCGGGAACGAACGCUCCCUCAAGCACCGUAAAGGAUCAGAAGGUGUCGAUCGAUUGGAAGUCAGCGGUCCCAUCACACCAGUCAACGGCGUGGAUCUCCAUGUGGACAGCGUUCUGCCCGUGCCUCCUAUAGAGUUUGGGGUCAGUGCCAAGGACUCUGAUUUCAGCCUCCCGCAGGGCUCAACAGCAGUGCCAGUGUCCAAUCCUGUCAACAAGCUCCAGGACGCUCUGGCGACCAACACGGCGCUCAACCAGAGCAUCCCUAUACUGUGCUCCAACCACCUGCAGCCGGGAAUCAACCUCAACCCCAUCUCCUUCCCCAGUACUGAUCUCACGCUCAAGAUGGAAUCAGCUCGCAAAGCUUGGGAGAACUCCCAGUCGCUCCCUGAGCAGGGUUCUCCUGGAGCAGGGUCCUCGGGCGCUCAGCCUCCCUGCAGUGUGGGCUCCUCCAGCGGCGUCAGCUACAGCUCCUUUGGUGGAGUGUCCAUGCCCCCGAUGCCUGUGGCCUCUGUCGCCCCCUCCAUGUCCAUGCAAGGAAGUCAUAUCCCUCCUCUCUAUCUGGAUGGUCAUGUGUUUCCCAGCCAGCCCCGCCUGGUUCCACCCACCAUGACCCAGCAGCAGACCUACCAGCAGGCUGCAGCUGCUCAGCAGAUUCCCAUCUCGCUGCACACCUCUCUACAGGCUCAGGCUCAGCUGGGUCUGCGAGGCGGUUUGCCAGUGUCUCAGUCCCAGGAGAUGUUCAACUCCAUCCCUCCCUUCAGGUCACAGGUUUACAUGCACCACAACCUUUCGCAGCCGAGCCCCAUGGUCCUGUCCGGUGGAGGCCCUCUCAAAGCCCCGUACUCGCCUUUUCCGGGGAUGCAGCACUCAGACAUGGUGAAGUCUCAGUCUGGGUCCCACUACCAGCCCAUGAAUGGCAGCCAGCAGUUGGUUUACGACAGCCCGAUGAGCCAGGGUCCCAGUCUGGGCUCCUCCCAGUUAAUGGACUCUCAGCUCAUCCAGGUCACCAUGCCAUUGCCUGCGGCGUCUCAGCUGCGCUACGGCUCUGCUCAGCAGCACCUCAUCCUCCCACAGUCCAUCCAGCUGCAGCAAGGACAGAACCUGUCUGUGGGCGGUCCUCGGAGGAUGAUGCCCCCCGGCUCCCAGCCCACCGUUAUGACUGGCAGCAGAGAUCUUUCUCAGGGCUCCCAGAUGGAAAUGAAAGGAUUCCAGUUCUCUGAUAAGCCAAAUCACUCAGCGGGACUCUCUGGCUCCUACAGGCCUGGUUCUGCCAGCCCCAGCGGAAAACCCUCCGGCCCCGUCGGGCCUCUGCCAACUCACUUUGCCCAGCAGGUGCAGCCUGCUCAGGGCAGCAUGGUGAUGCACAUGCGGCCCCCCACCACCGGCCCUUUCCCCAACCCCAUCCAGAGACCUGUCAUGCAGGUCAACAAACCUGUCAUCAUCCGCUCCCCUCCUUACCCCAACCCUGGCCGCGACCUCCCCCACUCUGCUCCUCCCUCUGCUCCCGAGCCCUCUCUUAAAGGGCCGGAGGAUGGCAUGAAGAGUAAAACCAUGCGAGAUGCACGCAAAGCUCUGGUGGAGGUGAAGACACCGACCGGGACUCUGACCAGCGCACUGCAGGACUCCCUCACCUCCACUGGUCAAGCCAAACCUGCUCGCACUGGAGCCAUCAAACCACAGGCUGUCAAGGUGGAGGAAGGCAAGGCUUGAGACUGGACCCCGAACCCUUGUCACCAGCCGGCCGCCACGUGCUGACCCUCUCAUGAGCGAGGGCCGGAGACAUGGAAGCACCAGACCUGGACACUAUAACGUCACGUCACCUAUAGAGAUAUCUAAAUAAAUAUAUAUAUAAAUCUAAAUAUAUACAUAGACACAGUCUUUUAAGCAGAUCUCUUCAAGUCCUCUUUAAUUUAUUAGUCACUUUUACAGGGAGAGUGAUCCAGAGAAAAGAUGUUUCUGUUUCUGUGUGCGUGUUGAUCUCUGAAGUGAGAAAAUGACCAAGCCAGUCAUUUUUGCCAAACUGUUCGUCCUCGGUGUUCACGGACUCCAGCCUUCAAGACCGGGCCGACACUUGAAGCCGCUCGCCGGUAGUUGAGUUUUUAAACAAAAAAAAAAUGCAGUGGGGCACUUUUUUUCUGUUCUUUUGCUGAUAAAUAAAUGUCCAUCAACUUUUUUCCCCCUGAAAGACUUACUUUUAUUGGAAGACAUGAUUGCAUGUCGCCGCGGCAGGAGCGAAGCACAGGAAUUUCAGAAGAGCUGCGUGGGGACUAAAUUUGCUUUGCUUUCUAGUGUGAACUGAAACGGUGGAUGUUUUACCAAAAUCUUGUCGCUUCCACGUGAACUUCACUGGCAUUGAUGCAGCGUGUGCAUGUGACGUGUGUGAACCUGCAGCCCCUCUAACCUCCCGCCACCACCCCACCGCCGCCCCAGCUCUCGAGACAACAUUUCACAAUGAACUGUAUUUACCUCAGCGAUCAGGAUGCUGCCGUCGACUGUGGAUUUUAUAAAGCUGGAAAAGCUUAUCAGCACCGUUUCUGCGACCCUCUCUUCUCUACCGUCUGAGUUAGCUGGUUUGAUCUGGUUACAGAUUUAUUCUUUUUUUUUUUUUUUU